UUUAUUUCUUCAAAUCAGAAUGCAGUAUAUAAUAAUUGACAGUGGUUUAAUCCAGUGGUUUAUUCCAAGCAGCUAACGAAAAUACUGUAAUAACCAAUAGAAAUCAACAAUAGGAUUUUUCGUGGGUUUCUGUAGUGGGCAGGGUAUCAGGAAGAGAAAUCUAAGGAAAAUGGUCCGUAAAAAGCUCUUUCGCGAUCAUUUUUAAAGAAAAGGCAUGGUUUACUGGGUAGAAUCAAACGUCAGUUGUGCUUGAAGUACAGAAAUUUCAGGAAAAGUUAAGCUGUAAGGACAUCCAAGUGACGGCUGGCCGCACUCUAUUCUGCAGGGGCACGAGGGUUCCUGCAAGUCAUUUUAAAUGAGAAUGUCCCUAGCACAGAGAGUACUGCUUACAUGGAUCUUCACCCUGUUCUUCCUCAUUAUGCUGGUGCUGAAGCUGGAUGAGAAGGUCCACUGGAACUGGUUCCUCAUCUUCCUCCCUGUCUGGAUCUUCGACGCCAUCCUCCUCCUCAUGCUCGUGGUGAAAAUGGCCGGGCGCUGCAAGCCGGGCUACGACCCGCGCAACGGCUCUCAGGACUUGCGAAAGAAGGCCUGGUACCUGGUGGCCAUGCUGCUGAAGCUGGCCUUCUGCCUCACGCUGUGUGCCAGGCUGGAGCAGCUCACGGAGAUCAAGUUGACCAUCGUCUGCAUCCCCCUCUGGGCCCUCCUGAUAGGAGCCAUGGCGGAGCUGGGUUAUAACAUCUUCCCAGACAGGAGAGACUGAUUGCUUCCGUGUUCUGGGAGGAAGAUUGAUGCAGCGCUUUUUGUCAGUGACCCCUCCGUAAUCUCCCACUCUCCACCCCUGGCAUUCCCCAUUCUCGAGACCUAGAACACACUUCCUUCCCGGGUCUAGGGAACGCAGCUCGUGCUAGCAGCUUGGCCGGCUUGGGAGCUAAAAAAAAGGGAACUGGAGAGCUGGGCUUUCCCCUACCCGGGAUGCUUGUGGAGCCUGUUGGGUUUCCGGUGAGCUUUUGGUCCUAUAAAUUGGAUAAAGCCAUGACUGUUUGGCAGGGAGUGGGUUUUGAAAGGAAAAGAAAAAAACUGGCUGUCUUCAGCAUUUCCAUUUUGUACCGUUUACUUUGUGCAGUGCUUACCGAGACCGCCAUUUUUCCUGGAACCAGUCGUCCGUCAUUCUUGUUGGAAGGCAUGCCUCUCCCAAGCUGGCCGUCCCUCCUCUGCCACUUGGGACCCUGAUUAUUAAAAUCAUGUCCUCUUUCAUUUUGGAAUUUAUGAAUGCAACAAUCAUUUGCAUCUUUGAAGAGAGUAUUUUGAAAGAAAUGCAUAAUCUUGUUAUGUGUCGUCUGUGAAUAAAAAUUGGUGUCCGGAU